AUGCCGCUUAUCGAGUCGCUGCUGCUGUAUCAGCCGGAGAGCGUGUAUCACUUCAUCCACGACUUCGUGGACGAGCAGAAGGCUGGUCGCUUUUCGCAUCCUCCGCGGAGCGUGGGCUAUGCUAAGAAGCUCACGAACCGCCGCAAAAUGGCCGACUUCAUGUCGACCAGCGUGAUCCCAGUCAUGGAUGACCUCGCGAAGCAGAUUCUACGCGAAAAACCCAACUCUGUCAAAGCUUUCAUCAAGGACGUGGUUGCUGCACGCAUUGCUAUUGAGUCUGAGGAGACGUCAAAUCAACCCGAGGCCGAGGUUCACUUCUGUGUAAACGACCGCGUAUUGUGUCGAUACAAAGGCCGACCGAAAUUCUUUCCAGGCACCAUCACAGCCAUCGAUGACAACGGGAGUUUUACUGUCUUAUACGACGAUGGCAAGACAGAGAGCAAUGAACAGCCGAAGGUUACCCGAACAAUGGACAUUGUGCUCCUGAUCAUUGGAAUCGACGGAGCGGGGAAAACUACACUACUGUCGACCUUACAAGGCGAUCUGGACAAGGAGCACGUGCCCAGCGCAGGCUUCACUUCUGCCACGUUCCAAACCGAGACCGGAUCGGCCACUUUCUACGACCUCGGAGGAGGCCCGACAUUUCGAAAUGUCUGGAAGGAAUACUACGCUGAUGUUCACGGCGUCAUUUUCGUGGUGGAUUCAUCAAGUGAGAAUGCAGUACUCCAGGCUGCAAAUGUGCUGGAAGAGUCGAUGGCAAACGAGGUUAUGGCCAACAAACCCUUGCUAAUUUUUGCCAACAAACGAGAUCACGCCGACGCAAUUGCGGAGCAGGAAAUGCCAAAUUUACUGCGCUUGAACAAGUUCCCGAGCUCCACGAUCGUACCGUGCAUUGCCAAGCCAGCAGUCAACGGUGGUGCUGUAGACGAGCGCCUUGAAUCAGGACUCCAGUGGCUGUUUGAUCAGGUCCACAACGACUUUGAUGCGCUUCACGAACGUGUUCAACGAGAUCUCGUGCAGAAGAAGAAACUUGACCAGCAACGGCGGGAAGAGCAGCGCGCGCGGGUUUCGCGAUGGAAAGAGGAGCGAGAGCUGAACCAGAUGCGAGCACACGACAAGCCUUCUAUCGAGGAGCAACCCAGCAGCACAUCAUCUACGGCAGCAAAACCAGAAGAAACCGUGAUAUACUGCUCCAACUGCAGUACGGCACCAGCAGUAGUGAAAUGUGCUGCGUCGAAAUGGAUGCCCGUAUGCGAAGACUGCGCAACAGCUCUAAGAAGUCAGAAUCAAUGA